AUGCAGAUGUCCUCAAUCAUCUACUUCUUCUUCUCCAUCCUGAUCCCUGCAGGGGUGUGUCUGAAGUGUGAAUACUGCAGUAGCAGCAGUGGCUUCUGCACCGGUGCAGCGCACAUCUGCCGACCGUUCGAAAACACCUGCCUCACUCUCACCACCGAGACAACCAUUGGAAAUGAAGUGUGGCUGGCCACUUACAAAGGCUGCACCAAAAUCAAGCAUUGUGUCCCAUCGCCCAUGAGUUUUACUCUCCCUUCCAGACGUAAACGGAGUGCAGCAAAGUGUUGCCGUAAGGAUCUUUGCAACAGCGGAACAGUGACAUUGCCCCGACUCGGGAUCCGACCAAAUGGACUGAAAUGUCCAGGAUGCAUCUCACAGGAUCUAACUUGCAAACCCACUGAGCUGAUCCAUUGCAACGGCUGGGAAGACUAUUGCGUGUAUUAUGACUUGACAGUGGAACAAGAUGGAAGAUUCUACACUCAUGCAGAACGGGGCUGUGGAACCAAGAAUGCUUGUCUGAAUGAGGCACGUGUUUUCGGGGUGCCAGGACUAUACAAGGAGAUUAUAAAGAAACCAGAGUGCACGCCUGCUCCCAAAAUUAUCGGCAAGUGGCCCUGA